AUGGUAAUAAGGAAUAUAUUAUUAUUUUUCACCUAUAUAUUUUUUAAUUCUUGUGCUAAAUGCGAUAGUGAAAUAAUUUAUGCAGUGAACGCCGGUGGUGAAACUCAUGUAGAUAAAAAUGGAAUACGUUAUGAAAAAGAUCCUCUUAUGAAUAAAAUUGGUACAGCCAGUGAUUAUGGUAAACAACUUUUAAUGAUUGGACGAGUUCCCCAAAAUGACGAAAUUCUGUACCAAACAGAAAGGUAUCAUCAUGAUACAUUCGGAUACGAUAUCCCUAUUAUUCAAGACGGGGAAUAUGUGUUAGUUUUAAAAUUCUGUGAAGUUUAUUUUAAUGCACCUAACAUGAAGGUUUUUGAUGUCGUUCUAAAUAAUGCUCACACUAUUGUUUCUGAGCUGGACAUAUUCGAUAAAGUUGGUCGAGGUGUUGCUCAUGAUGAAUAUAUUCCAUUCAGUGUAUCGAGAGGAAAAUUGUACUAUAAUGAAGAAGAAUCCUAUAUAAGAGGAGGUCGUUUGAAACUAGAAUUUAUAAAAGGAUACAGAGAUAAUCCAAAAAUUAAUGCAUUUUAUUUAAUAAAAGGCACAUUGGAUGAUGUUGAUAAAUUGCCACCUGUAAAUUCAGAUGGCGAUGUGAAAGAUGUUGAUGAUUCAGAGCAAACUGAUGAUGAAGAUUUUGAUUCUGAGGAAUUUGUAAGUGAACCUUUACGUAAAACAUCGGGUCCAAAACAACCAGACCCUUAUGCAAGUGAUGAAACAUCAGUAUUACUUCCAGUAGUUAUAGCCAUAGGCGCUUUCAUACCUGUACUACUUUUACUUUGUAAAAUGUAAAUAAUAGGACUCACUGAGACUUAAAUGAUCCAUUGGUAUUCAUACAAGUUAAUGAUAUCUGUGAGGUAUUUAACGAGCAAAAUUAUUUUGAUUCUUAAGAAGUAUGAUGUUUAUAGCCUUCUUAAGAAGUUAUGAUACUGUUAUAGCCUUCACACUUUGAGAAAGAUAAUAGAAAUUGUUCUCACAUAAAUAUUACUCAUUAGCAGUUUAACUUAAAAAUGAAAUUCUUAUUCAAAUUUGAAUAAAAAAAAGUUGCAUCAAAGUAUCACAGUAUACAACAAUAUUAGAAUCGAUAUCAUAAAUUGUGCCAACAUUCUGUGUUGCCACUGAUAUCAUUAUUCAUUUGAAAUAUCAAUGGAAUUAUCAACUGAAUAGAGAAGUAUUUGGCUGAGCUUAAUAUAAUACUAAUAGCGAGAUCUGAAAUUAACAAAGUUGAAAACUAAAUAGUAUUAUUUU